UCUAGUAGAGUAGACUCCAAAUUCCACCAAAAAAACAGGAGGAGGAAAAACUUGAAAUUCUGUCCACAGAAAAGAAGAGAAGAAAGGGAAAGAGAAGAUAAAUGGGUUUGCAGUGUUAUUUUGGCGGGAUGACCGUACAAACCCUAAAAAUGGCUUCAAUUCCUGCUGCUUUCUUUUUGAAUAAGCCAAUUUCCAAAACCCUAACCCUAGGUUCUCUUCCCCUCCGUUUUUCCAUUAGUAAUAAUCGUCAUCAGACAAGACCUUUUUUAAGUAUCUUAAGUAGAGCGCUAUCUGCAACAGCGACUGCGCAAGAAGCAGCUACAACACCAGAAAAUGUAGAUACUAAAGGGAUGAAGCCGCAAUGGAAGGCAGCCAUUGAUUUCAAGUGGCUACGGGAUAAUGAAGACGCGGUUGCUCUGAAUAUAAAGAAUAGGAACUCUAAUGCCAAUUUAGAACUUGUGCUUCACCUUUAUGAUAAGAUGUUAGCUGUUCAAAAGGAAGUAGAACGGCUUCGUGGAGAAAGGAAUGCAGUAGCAAACAAAAUGAAAGGAAAGCUUGAGCCAUCAGAGCGUCAAAAACUCAUACAGGAAGGCAAGAAUCUGAAGGAAGGACUCGUGAAUUUGGAAGAAGACCUGCUAAAACUUACCGAUGCGCUACAGCAGGAAGCGCAAUGUAUACCCAACAUGACUCAUCCUGAUGUUCCUAUUGGCGGUGAAGAAAAUUCAACAGUGAGAAAGAUGGUGGGUACUCCUCGUGAAUUUAGCUUCCCUGUCAAGGACCAUCUUCAUCUAGGUAAAGAGCUGGAUCUCUUUGAUUUCGAUGCAGCUGCAGAGGUUAGCGGAUCGAAAUUCUACUAUCUGAAGAAUGAAGCAGUUAUGCUAGAGAUGGCCCUUGUCAACUGGACUCUUUCUGAAGUCAUGAAAAGAGGCUUUACCCCUCUAACAACCCCGGAGCUUGUAAGAUCAUCGGUUGUUGAAAAAUGUGGCUUCCAGCCUCGUGGAGAUAAUACUCAGGUAUAUUCUAUUGAGGGUAGUGACCAAUGCUUGAUUGGCACGGCAGAGAUCCCUGUUGGGGGGAUCCAUAUGGAUUCUAUCCUUGCUGAUUCUAUAUUGCCUCUGAAGUAUGCUGCAUUUUCCCAUUGCUUCCGUACAGAGGCAGGUGCUGCAGGGGCUGCAACAAGGGGUCUUUAUCGAGUUCACCAGUUCAGCAAGGUGGAAAUGUUCAUUCUAUGCCAAGCGGAGGAGAGUGAAUCCCACCAUGAGGAACUUAUCAAAAUUGAAGAAGACCUCUUCUCUUCAUUAGGUUUACAUUAUAAAACUAUAGAUAUGGCAUCAGGGGAUCUAGGUUCGCCCGCUUACCGCAAAUUUGAUGUGGAAGCCUGGAUGCCUGGUUUAGGACGGUAUGGUGAGGUUUCAAGUGCAUCCAAUUGUACUGACUAUCAAAGUCGCCGAUUAGGAAUCCGGUAUCGUCCGUCAGAACCCACAUUAGUAAAUACCAAAAAGGGUAAAGGUAGCCUAGCUCCUACAAAAUUUGUCCACACAUUAAAUGCAACAGCCUGUGCAGUUCCACGGAUGAUAAUAUGCUUGCUGGAAAACUGCCAGCAAGAAGACGGUUCUGUCAUAAUCCCUGAGCCAUUGAGGCCUUUCAUGGGUGGGUUGGAACUCAUAGCUCCAAAGUCCUCAUAAGAUAAGUUGAUCAACUUGUGAUUUUGCAUAAUGGAUAUGUCGAGCUUUUUUUAUGGCGAAUUUUACAUUUGGGUUUUUUCCCCAAAUAGAAAAUAAAUUUUGGCGAGUCUCAAUUAUUUUAAUUAUCUAUGUAUUAGCAUUUUUGUUCAGAAAGGGAGAAUUUGUAUUAUUUUGUAUUGUUUUGUAGAAUAUACUUAAAUUAAUAUAGGAAAAACAAAUUCUAGUUCA